UACUUUCUUUUUAAUAUGUCGUAUUGCACUCAAUAUUCAAACGUCGAGAAGAAUGGAUCGCAAAGUAGUGAGUAUUUGUCGGGACUGCAAUGAGUAUUCGCUUUCCGCUUAUGACACGCAGAACCCUUGUUUCGGCGAGUCCCACAAAUAUUGCACCAACUUGGAGAAUCCACCGGAGCAAUCCUGUAAAAAUGUUAUUUGGGUGUGUGAAAGUUUCUAUCAUUCAACCGCUGAAAGUGUUAAUCAUGAAAAUAAUGAUUGCAAGUUCAAAUCGAAAUCACCAAAUCAAAUUGAAACAAGAUACACCGAUUUGCUCGACAAGACAUAUCUGGAUUUGGCACAAAGAGCCACUGACGCCGAAGAAAACGGUUCAGCCACGCAACAGAAAGCAGCGCAUGCAUCCAUGCUUAAUCGGCGUAUGGUCAUCAAUAUUGCAGCUAUAGCAUUGUCAAUAAUAUUAAUCGGACUGCUGUUGUUCCCUGAAAGGACUGGAUUUUUCAAUGAAAACAAAGGGUCAUUUCAAGUGAUUCCAGUAAAUGCAACCCUGGCGGAUGAUAACGUGGGAGGGGGCAAGAUAUUGCGAAUUGUUCCACGUGAUGCCUGGUUAGCCCAGCCGCCUUCAAGUGAUCCCCAAAAACAAAAGCAUUAA